AUGGCGCACCAUGUUUCCAUACAAGCAUGUAUUGAACAACUUGAUGUCGAAAUUGGCUUUCGCGCAACCGACCCAGAUGCGUAUGUCACAUUUGGGGCUCUGUUCGAUCCGGCAAUUAAAGACUACCAUAAGAUUCCUAUGAAUGCCGAUAUUCGUCAUCCGUCUCCUUCUUUUGGCUCCGUUGAUGAUUUGGACAUAAAGGACCUGGAUCCUGAUGGGAAAUACGUUAUAUCCACUCGAGUCCGCGUAGGUCGCAACUUAGACGGUUUUCCGUUUCAGUCGCUAUUGUCCGACGACGAAAGAGCCAAGGUUGAGACUAGGUUGAAGAACACCUUUGGUCAGCUUCAGCUAGUAAAGGAAUACGAUGGAGAAUAUCACUCGCUUGAGACGAUGACUGAAGCAGAAGAAAAGAACCUGAUUGAAACACAUUUACUUUUCAACCACUCGAAUAGCGCUUCCAGAUCAGCCGGCGUUUACCGGAAUUGGCCAAUGAACCGUGGUAUUUACAUAAACAAGACGAAAACAUUCUUAGUCUGGAUCAGCGAAACAGAUCACACACGUAUAAUCUCAAUGCAGCCCGGCGGACGCAUUGAUCAAGUCUAUUCGAGACUAGUAGAAGGUGUACGUAUAAUAGAAAAACAGCUCCGCUUUGCACACAGUGAUCGUCUUGGUUACAUAACCUUCUGCCCAACUAACCUUGGGACCACACUCAGGGCCUCAGUUCACAUCAAAAUCCCUAAGCUAGCUGCUAACAAGGAGGUUUUGGGAAAGCUGUGUGAUGACUACAAUCUACAAGUACGUGGGAUAGAUGGUGAUGGUACCGGCAUAUUCGGAGAUACAUUCGAUAUAAGCAACAAACGUAGAAUGGGCCUUACAGAAAUACAGGCAGUGGUAGAAAUGGCAGCCGGUGUAAAGGCCAUCAUAAAUGAAGAAGAAAAUUUAUAGAUGUUUGUCGGGCAGAUUAAAUAAAGCACACAUUUGAUAUUAUAAGUACUGAUUUUUAUAUAUUUAUUCUUUUAUUUAUUUAACAGAA